AUGCGGGACGCACCUCUGAAAAACGGGACAAUCCUCUCUUAUGUGGAACGUCUGGUCACACUAGCUAUAUUCCGAAAGGCCAACAUUAGCGUUACAAAUCAAACAUUGAUGACCAAUGGUGGCGACAAUUCUUCAGUCGAUAGUCUGAAUAGUGCGGAUUCUGCAAAACGUGACAGUGAAGAAUCAGUAAUUGAACUUUCUGAGUUUCAUCAGCCAAUAAUCUCCAAGGAUGAUUCUGAUGGACCUGUCAACAUGAGCAAUGGUGAUGGAAAAUCUGGUGGUGCUGGAGGCAAACCUUCCAAUGGCAUUGUUAAGGAACACCCAGUUGAUGAUGAUAUUGACAAAACUAGUUGUGGCAUGGAGUGUUUAUACUUUACGAUGCAAUGCUGCGAAUGUUCAAUAAUGUAAGGAAGCUAUUUCAUCUCCUACAGUUUAUUAUUGUUAGUUAUAAUUGAGUAACUAUAAUUAUAUAUUACAAUACAAUUAUUAAAUUAAAAAUACAGAAAAUUACAUUACUUCUGACAUUUCAAAGUUCUAUGGAAUCUGUGAUUUUUAUGGGAACUACUUAAUUAAUCUAUGUAAUAUAAAGAUUCCAUCAUAUUAAAAUUAAAAUUAUUUUUUGAAAAGUUACUAUAUCUACUAGUAUUAUUGCGUUUAAGUUCCAUUYUGUGGAYAAUUUUUUCUUGUUAUUUCCAAUAGGAAAUCCAUAAUUAUUUUCUACAGUUCUUGAUAAUUUGAUAUUACUUACAUGAUUCAUUUUGGUUAUUCAUUAUAUUGUGUUAAAACUUUUUAUCUUUAAGAAGUACUAUAUAUCUUAAUUAACAAUUGUGCCAUUUUUUUUUUUGUACUUUAUUAUAUUUAAUAUACUUUGGAGAUCAUCACAUCUUCCUGUUAGUUUGUGUUGAAAGCACUGUGUCCACCAUGUAUAUAAAAAGUCUUAGCAUGAUACAAAUCAAUACUUAAUUUAAUUUUGCUCCCACUUGU